UUUCGACAGUAUGGAACCACUAGCGGCGGGCGAGCAUGGCGCUGGAGCGGCGUGGGCGGCCAUCAAGACUGAGGCGGCCGGCGGCAAGAAGCGCAAGCGCCUGCAGAAGAAGGCCCCGGGCGCGCCCAAGCGCGGCAAGUCCCCGUACAUCCUGUUCUCCAUGGAGAAGCGCGAGGAGAUCAAGGCCACGAUGCCCGAGAACUCCAAGGUGACGGACGUGAUGCGCGCCAUCGCGGACGCCUGGGGCAAGAUGGGCGACGAGGAGAAGCAGCCCUGGAAGGUGGCGGCCGAGGCCGACAAGCAGCGCUACGAGGAGGAGAUGGCGGCCUACGACGGCCCGCUGCGCGUGCCCAACAAGCGCGCCAAGAAGCACCCGGACGCGCCCAAGCGCGCGUCCUCGGCCUUCCUCUUCUACAGCCAGGUCAUGCGCCCGCGCAUCAAGGCCGAGCACCAGGACAUGAAGAACACGGAGAUCUCCAAGCAGCUGGGCGAGGCCUGGGCCAAGGCCACGGACGAGCAGAAGGCCCCGUUCGUCGAGAAGGAGAAGGUCGACCGCGCGCGCUACAAGCGCGAGAUGGAGGAGUGGAACAGCCACAAGGCCGAGCGCGAGUACAACGAGUCCCAGCAGCAGUUCAACAACUACGCGGCCAUGACGGGCUUCGACCAGAUCAGCUACACGGGCUCGUACUCGACCACGGAGGUGUAAGGCGCCCGCCCUGGCGCUGGGGAUUUUGCUACUCGGCAAGUGCCGUCACUUGUGAUUGACACCGCCGCGCUUCGGGCCCCGAGGAAAUCGCCCCGCGUAUGACGUACUGCCAUGGGAGCGGGGCUGCUCAAGUCGCGCGCGCGCGUCAAUCGACCGCCCACGGAGGAGGAGGGUGCUUCUCACUUCUUGUCCUUGCAUUGUGUAUCGUAACGUAUCCUUCCCCUCAUAUAAUUUUCCCAUUUGC